AUGACGAACUCUCUGGAAUCCUCGAGGCCAAUCCUCGCCAACUCCUCCAACUACCGCGCCAGCACCCGCCUAUCCACCUACUCCGCUACUCCUACUCUCACACCUUCAAUUGCGCCCUCGCAUCUCUCAAACGCCUCGUCAACUGGCGGCGACCCCCGUGCACAUGACAUCAAGUCGUGGAACGCCGGCUUUGAGCGCCUCGAGGACAAGCGCCUCCAACAACAGCGCUACGUCGUGACCCCGAAGAAAAACGAGGACAUGAGCAAGCUGGCUCUAGGUGCAAAAUUAGAACGCGCCCUCGGUCGGCGCAUGACCGGCCAGGAUGCCGUCUUCGUGCAAAAGCACCGCAAGGCGGAGAGCUCCGAUCUGAUGGACGAGAAGAAGGUCAGCGCAUAG